CACAGGGACUGCAGGUUAGACAGCAGCCGAACGACACACCUCUUAUCUCAACUCAACCGACUGGACUGCUGUUAGUGUUUACUGUGGCGCGGUGAUGAGCUCUGGUUUUAUAACAGUCAGUGCAUGAACGCUGGAUGUGCCGCAGCUUUGGACAAAUAGACUAGGACAACUUGUCAAACACACACUCCUAAAUGGAGAUUGAAAGCAUGGUAGCAAAUAGUGCUCUUAUUAAAGCCAGAGAAGGUGGAGGGAGCAAAGGCAGGAGCUGGAAAUGGAAAGAGAUGCUUCGCUUUCCUCAAAUCAGUCAGUGCAGGCAGCUGGCCAUGAACAUAGAGCGAGACUACUACAGUCUCUGUGUGAAGCAGCCCAUUGGCAAGAAACUGUUUCAGCUCUUCUGCCGGAGUCAGACUGAUCUGCAGAACCACAUUUCCCUCCAGGACGCUUUGGAAACCUUUGAGACCAAAUCAGAUGAGGACAGGAGAGAGUUUGGCAUCUACAUCAUUCAGAGAUUCCUCAGGAGUCAGUCCAUUCAGUGUGUGUUCACGGUGCAGAAGCAUGAACAGAGCUGCAUCCAGAGUCUGGAGAUCGACCCCUGCGGGGACGUCUUCUAUGACUGCAGGGAAGACCUACACAAGUACCUCAGUGGAGAUCCCUUCAUGCAGUACCAGGAGAGCAUGUUUUUUGAUCGUUUCCUCCAGUGGAAGAUGUUGGAGAGGCAGCCAAUCACCAAGCAGACAUUUAGACAGUACAGACUACUGGGGAAAGGAGGGUUUGGAGAGGUGUGGGCUUGUCAGGUGCGAGCCACAGGGAUGAUGUACGCCUGCAAAAAGCUGGAGAAGACUCAUGUAAAGAAGAGGAGAGGAGAGGCCAUGGCUCUCAAUGAGAAACAGAUAUUGGAAGGGUUGGACAGUCGAUUUGUGGUGAAUCUGGCGUACGCUUACGAGACCAAGCACGCCCUCUGUAUGGUUCUGACCAUGAUGAGCGGCGGGGACUUGAGGUUUCAUAUUUAUAACAUCGGCGUGCCCGGCCUGGACAAAGACAGAGUGCGGUUCUACGCUGCAGAGGUCUGCUGUGGUAUAAUUCACCUCCACCAGAAGUCAAUAGUAUACAGGGAUCUGAAACCAGAAAACAUUCUGUUGGACGACAACGGACACAUCCGCAUCUCUGACCUGGGCCUGGCUGUGAGGCUGUCUGAGGGGAGUCUGGUGCGAGGCAGGGUGGGCACACUCGGCUAUAUGGCUCCUGAGGUGAUCAGCAACAAGCACUACGGGAUGAGUGUUGACUGGUGGGGCCUCGGCUGCCUCAUCUAUGAAAUGAUCGCAGGGCAUCCCCCGUUCAAGUCCCGAGGAGAGCACGCCAGAACCUCCGAGAUGGAGAGGAGGAUUCAGACAGAACAGGAGGCGUACAGUGACAAGUUCAGCAAGGAGGCGACAGACCUCUGUUCUUUGCUGUUGACCAAGGACCCGAACCAGAGGUUGGGGAGCUUCUCAGGGGGGACAGAAGUACAGUCGCAUCCUUUCUUCCAUAAAAUCAACUUCAGGAUGCUGGAGGCAGGACUUAUCGAGCCUCCAUUUAAACCUGAUCCCAGACAGGUGUACUGCAGCGACGUGCAGGACAUCGAAGAGUUCUCUUCGGUGAAGGGGGUCACUCUGGACCACAUCGACAACAACUUCUACUCUCAGUUCAACACAGGCAGCGUUCCCAUCAACUGGCAGAACGAGGUGAUAGAGACAGGAUGUUUCAGGGAGCUGAAUGUAUUUGGCCCUGAGGGAUCUCGAUCUCCAGACCUCGACAGGUCCCAGACCCCCGAGAGCCCCAGACGCAGCCUGUUGGACCGAAUCUUCCGCAGACAUCACCCGGACGAAAGCAAGCUGAGUUUGGUGUCCGACGAGAACUACUCGUCGUCAGAGCUGCUCAGCACCGCCCUCUGAGGCCGCUGGCAGCACAAAGCUUUAAAGACACUGAAACAACCCACAACUACAAAGGAGGCAGAUCUGUUCGUCACUGGAGAUCCCAGCAUAGCAUGUGUUUAUUUGUAUUUGUAUUGAUCUCCUAGCCGCCCUUUAUUAGCACUUGCUUCUUUAUGUAUUUUACUGUUUCAUGCACCGACAUUUUCUUCCAUCCAUUUUUGAACCCAGUAUGUUGAUAGCUUUCUGUUAGGUACUUGAAUUUUGAUGUAAAUAGCAUGAAACUACUCAAAAACAUUACGUUUAAUUGCACCAAUUUCAUUGGUUAAGCUGAAAGUUUAAUGAGUUUUUACCCAGAUUAAAUGAAGUGUACUUUUUUUUAAUAAAAUAUGAACUUGA